AUGGAAAACAUCUACCACAUUGUCGAUAUGUGCAUAGAAGAAACCAUUAUCGACACCGAUUUGUCGACGAAAGCGCAAUUGGCAUGGGCUCAGACAAGUCGCCGUUUCUACGCCACUAUUUAUCCUCUUAUUCGGCCAACCAUUGUUUGCAAAGCAGCUGAAGCGGGACGAUUGGAUGUCAUCAAGAAAGCAUACCAGGAUGGAGUCGACUUGAACAUGAUUGGGAGCACAAAACAUGGACAGAAGGGCACGCCUCUACAUUACGCCAUAAUGAAUGGACAUCGUGACAUUGUCGAGUUCCUAGUUGAAGUUGGUGUCGAUCCUCAUAUUCCCUCGACAAGACUAUGUCUUGACUGCUACGAACCCGGCGCAUUCUAUGCCCUUCACAUGGCAAUUUCUCACAGCAAGAUCAAAGGAGCUGCACAGUUGCUCAUCGAGAAGUUGGGAGCGUACAAGACCUUGAAAUGGAGGUAUGCCUUGACGGACGAAGAACUACCCAGAAAUAAAAAAAGACGUGGAAAAAUUAUCGACCUCCUUAUCAAUCUCCCAGGACCUGGACCGGCCGGCGCGGCACUAAGCUACGCUGUACAAACCCCCGAGUUUGGUCUUGAAGAGCGUAUGCUUGCAAGACACGAUCUGGAUGCCUCCGUCCGUGGCUCAUAUGGAUGUGCGCCUCUAUUCGACGCUGUAUCUUGCGGGCGCCUGAAAUCUGUCAAGUCGUUGCUGCAGCAUCCGGAGGCUGACGCAAGUAUAGCCGGAAAGAACGGUCGCACUCCGUUGCAUGGGGCUGUUGAGAUAAGUAACUUGCCGAUUGUCGAGGUGCUUCUUCGGCGACCAGAGGUGGAUGCUACCACAGCAGACGAUGAUAAAUGUACCCCUUUGCAUCGCGCCGCCUUUCAUGCUGCAGUGAAUAUUACGAAGCUUUUGCUCGAACAACCUGGAGUCGAUGUGGCAUCAUCAGACAGUGAAGGAAUGACACCGCUCCACCAGGCUAUCAGUGGCCGCACGCAUAUUUUCUGGCUCUGCGAAAGGAGAGACACAGAAGUAGGGAUAUCUGACCUUAUAGGCGAAUCCCUGGAAAACAUCAAGAUUCUGCUAGCCCAUCCAGAGAUGAAUGCCGGCUCACACGGCAAGAAGGGCCUUACGCCUUUGCAUCACGCUUGUUUGAUAACCGACUGCGACUUCGAUGGUUGCACGAUCUUGCAUUACAUAGGCGGAAGUCUUCCAAAAGCCUGGGAAACUACCCCUAUCGUUGAAACUGUUCUCAGAGAGGGCGUCCCCAUUGACAAAAUAUCUACAAAUGGCUUGACAUCUUUACACCAAGCCAUCAACGCCGGCAACUACCCAUUCGCUAAUUUCCUACUCUCGUUGGGUGCAGAUCCUAUGGUCUCAAAACGGUUCAAGCAUAACAACAGCUUGCUGCAUCUUUGCUUUAGAUCUCACCCGUUUUAUGAUCAACACAGGGAUGAGGUGGUAGAGAAGCUCAUCGCAGAAGGGAUCGAAACCAACACUUACACCGACUCACCUCUCACGGAUUUUGAUGCUGAUUGGGGUGAGCCUGAAAUCGAUGAAGGAAUGAGACAUGAAAGCGUUGGAGGCCUACAAUCAAUGAUUCUUGCCAACGGCAUUGACUGCACCCCACUUAUGUUGACAUUAACAGAGAGUAUGAAAAUUGAAAGCAUGAAAAUGCUACUCAAUGCAGGAGCAGACCCAAACGCACAUGUCACAAUCAGGCAACGGAAGCAUGGCAAGAUCAGAGACCAUCGAGCAGCGUUUCUAUCAGGAGUGCUCUAUCAAGCUUGGAAAGAUGGGCCAAGCGAUGAUUCUAUCGACCUACUCGAUGAAUAUCUCAAGUUGUUGUUGGAACAUGGGUCGCGGAUAGAUUUUGACGGGCCAGAGGACAGUCCGCUACAGGAGGCCUGCAAAGCAUCCGAAGAUCGUUAUGAAGCGUUCUUGGAGACCUUGCUGGACCACUCAACAGCCAGGAAUGUCAACCAGAAGCAUAUUAGAGAAUUGAUUUGCGAGUAUGAGAAGAAGCCGGAGCAUGAGAAAGACGUGUUUGCUAUUUGCCAAUUCGAGCACAGCUAUCAAAUGAUUGUCGAGUAUCCUUCUUAUGACCUUGAGAGUAGUUGUAUUCAUAUCAAGCUGAGCCUUGCCCUCCCUCACCAGUCUAUCUACAAGUCCCACGACGUCGUCCAGGUCAACAUCCCCGCCGAGUCUGGAGAGAUGGGUGUCCUCGCCAACCACGUUCCUUCCAUUGAGCAGCUGAAGCCUGGUCUGGUUGAGGUUGUCGAGGAGUCCGCUGGCUCCAAGCAGUUCUUCCUCUCUGGUGGAUUUGCUACCGUCCAGCCCAACUCCGUCCUUAGCAUCAACGCCGUCGAGGGUUACCCCCUUGAGGACUUCAGCGCUGAGGCCAUCCGAGCUCAGAUCGCCGAGGCCCAGAAGGUUGCCAACGGUAGCGGAAGCGAGCAAGAUAUUGCUGAGGCCAAGAUCGAGUUGGAGAAAAUCCAGCCGCGAGGACAGCGAGCGACCAAUGGGCGAAAGAGUCGUGCCUCAAGAGAUAGCGAUCCCAGGAAGACAUUAUCGAAUCUACCGCAGAAGGAACGUCAGCGAUCGAGUGUUGCAACAGGAUCCAACGGUCGAGAUCCAUUGUCACGGCCGAGUGUUACUGGGUUUCAACCUCAAAUUAGCCAUGGCCAAAAGGUUUCGACUCGCCCGAGUCAGCUCCCACGAUACUCAACUAGUAAGGAGAUCCUGCCUCCCGAGUCUAUGUUGACAUCGUAUCUUGCCUCGUCGGACCCGUCUCGGACCGUGAGCACGACAGAGAAAUGCCAGGAUGCAAUGGAUAUCCUCGAGCAGUAUGGUAUACCCAGGCCCGCGGGAUGGUUUUCAGACGGCGGUGCGAGUACGCCAGAUCGAAUCAUACAAAACAGACUCAUAAUAUCGCAAAUAUGUCAUUCAUGCGCUAAACCUCUUGCUUUCGAAAGAUAUUGCUCGCACUGCGGCCAUGAUUCCUGUAUAAAGUGCACUGGAGAAGUUCCUGGUAAUAUCCCCAAGCACAUAAUUCCUACUUCUUCGGCCCCGUACAAGGAACACAACCACACGGACAGAGCUCCUGAGUUACCUACUCAAGAGCAUCCCAUAAGCGAGGACGGUCAGCCUACACGAGUCACUUUGGGUAUGGCCCGUCGUCGCAAGACCCCAAGGUUGGUAUCCGAGCCAGAAACAUCAAAGACUCCUCGCCCAACCAGACAGAAAUCUCGCCUAAUACCUAAAAUUGAUCAGGAACUCCUGAAACCGGUCCGAAAAAAGACCAUUGCAGUACCAACAGAGGUCUCUAGCUCGGUGAAGAACAACCCCUUUUUCAUGGCAGACCGGGGAACCGUAAAAAAGCCUUCCGAGCCUACGAUUACAGCGAGAUCAGUGCAGGUGGAACGAAAACCCAAGCACUCCGAUUGCGUUCCAGAUCGUCUGUUGUCCAAAUCGCCCCGCGCUUCUCAUGUACAGAAAGAGUGCUCUGAUCCUAGCUGCCGAGCGACACACGCUGGGCACCACCCGACUCGGCAUAGCAUCAGCUGUGCUACUCAGCGUAGUUUGGGAGCCCUGGUGGUCGAAGGCAACGACCUGGAUAUGAUUGACGAGGAUAAGGAUAGGCAUGAAGUGAAGCAUGCCCCGGCAGUGGAGAAGUCACCGUCACGACACAAGUUACAAAUGAAAAUUGAUCAACUGUAUCAUCACGGACAAGACAUGCAUCACUCUCAACAUAUCAUGGAACAUCUGGCAGCUGGCGUUAAUACACUCCCCUCUUCGGCAACGGAGGAGAAGUCCCCCCGUGGACCAGACGGGCGCUCGAGGAUGGACAAUUACAAGCUGAGUGCGCACAGCCAACCAACUUCAGACCAUAGUCUAAGUCAAGACGAAACUGUGACUAUUGGAACAGAAACUACCAAGCAUAGCCUGAGCAGAGACACGGCAGUUCCUGGUGAGAUUGAAUCAAAGCCACUUAAUCUUAACGAGCACAAGGGGGAUCGACACCCACGUCCAAAUUCCCACGAGCCCCAUGUCAACACUCAUAAUGAUGCCCAUUGGAUAAAAUCCGCGUUGGGCACUCAUGGUCAGGCUUGUGACGUGCAAGAACAUCAUUCGAGAUCACCGACUUCACGGCCAACUGGCGCAAAACCUACCCCGGCACCACAGACACCAAACAAAGGUCGCGGUACCUCACACGAAGAAAAUGGAAAGAAUACGCCACAAGCUCAAAACACUCCCUUGCCAGAUAAAACACAUAGUGUGAGUCCUGGGUCUUGCAAACGCCCCAAGGAGCUGGAUGAGCCAGUCCCCGGAGUGCACAUGUUACGCAAAACAAUCCCGCGAGAUGACCCUGAAAAGUCGAAUGCCGAAACGACAAACAUCUCGUCAUGGAGAACACAAUUGAGAAAGGUUGACAAAUCUCCAGAACAGCCAUCAAAUCAACGGCUGACCCCUUCUCAUGUAGAGAACUGGAGGAGUGAGUUGAGUAGUGUAAAUCAGCGGACACCAGUAUCUGAAAAAGAUAAGAAGGAGGAUUGUAUCAACUGCAAUCCAAAUCAAUACAUAUCACCACAAGCAGAGAACUCUUCUCAGUCAUUUGCUGAGGUUGGGUUACAGAAGAAACCUGAACUAGAGCUAAGUACUGCAUUCAAGUCACCGAUACCUCGCCUCAAAGUAACCGACGUCGAGUUAUCACUCGCUCGGCAAGGUGACGAGGAGCUCAUGGCCAAGCGUCAAGAGCUCCACGAUAAAGAAGCGGAGGAGCAGAACAGUCCACAACCUCCAGGCAAAAAAGACGAUCCAGAACGCAAAGACUCACUGAUGUCAACUGUGAUUCAUGAUCCGACACCCAUGAUGCCGUAUAAGCAUAUGUGCGCCUGGCGAGCGCGGUACAUGGAUCUAAAGAGUCAAGUUGAUCAACUCGGAGAUGAAACGGGUUGUCCGCUAUCAGACGGUCGGGCUGGUACCCUGUGCUCGCAUACUCAUACAGAUAUCGACAUUGAAGGUCUUACGGUUGUGAUGCACUUCAAAGGUAAAGAUGACUUGGUGGUCAAUACGGACCUGACGGAGGGCCUACAAGAACACCAUAAACAGCAAGGGACAAGGGAUUGA